AUGGAACCUGAAUUUUAAUUAGUAAAUCUAGAUAUCCCUGAUUACUUUAAUCCAUAAAGCCUGUAAGAUGGUAAUACCUAACAAAAUUUUAAUUAGGCUUAUAAUCAUAAUCAAUUUAGCUCUUUACUUAACUAAGAAAAUCCAUAUUAUUAUGAUGAAUAUUAAACUGAUGGACCUCUUGUUUAUUCUUAUUCCCUUAUUAAUAAUAAUCCCCAUCACCAUUUCAGCACUGUUUUCUAAAUGAAUACUCUUUAGAGCACUUGUGAAAGUAACACUAAUUAAUAACAUAGUUAUUAAAGUGGUGAGUCAUCAGCAUUAUAAAAAUACAAUUAAUCGCAUGAUUAAUUUUAUGGUUAAUCUUGUGACUAGCCACAUGCUUUUUAAGAACAUAACUAAUCAUAGGUAAGUUAACAAUAAUAAUCUCAACAAAAAAAUGUAUCUAAGAAACCAAAAAGAGAUUAUAAAAAAAUUUCAUCAUUGUUAGAUGCAAAAAUUUAAAUUUAUUUAAGUAAGAAAAUUGCAGAUGCUAAUGAUGAAAACUAUCUCACAAUAAAAAAUUGGUAUGACUCAAGGAAAAAUGUUACAAAUAAGCUUUAUCAGAGCAUAUACUAAAAUUAAUCAGGAUUAAGCAUAAUUUGCUUUCCUGAUCACACUUUCGAAUCAAUAUCUAGCAACGAAGAUGCUUAAAUGAUUUUUUGUCACUUCCUAUAAAAAACACAAGCUAAAAAACCUUCUAUUUUUAAUUAGUAUAUCAAAAAUACUUCUUAGGAAUAACUUGAUCUUAAUAUUAAUUGCUUUAACAAAAUUUGUGGCUUUAAUAAAAGAAUGGUUCUUGAGUUGAGGGAUGAAAAACAAGAAAUGGAAGAUUAAAUAUCAUAUUUCAUUGAUAAUAUUUAUUAAAAAGUUUAUAAGAAAUAAAAAAAAUCAAAAAUUUGA